AUGUUUGAUGGUAUGCAGCCUGGUGAUCAAUUUCAUCAAUUCAUAGCUUCAUCAAGAACUUCACUGCCUAUUCCUCUUUCGUUCCCACUUCAUGUAUCAAACCCGUCUUUAGUUCCCAGUUUUGAUCCGUUUUCUUCUCAUCAAUUACAUCUUCAGCUGGAGUCCUCUCUUCAUCACAAGAUCGAACAAAAACAUGAAGAACAUAGAGAGAGAUCUAUGCCGGAAACGACCACAUCGACCGAUCCUGGAUGGUCGCAUAAUGAAAUUCUUGCACUGCUUAGAAUUAGAUCCAACAUCGAGAAUUGGUUUUCAGAUUUUACUUGGGAACAAGUUUCAAGGAAACUUUCAGAGCUUGGAUUUAAAAGAGCUGCGGAUAAAUGCAAGGAGAAAUUUGAAGAAGAAAGCAGAAAUUUCAACAGUAUAAGCUACAACAAGAAUUACAGGAUUUUCUCCGAACACGACGAGGAAUUCUAUCCCGAUGAUCAAGAUCAAGAACUUCGUGUUUCUAUGGAAAAGGAUCAACGAAAUCAAGAAGAUAUAGAGGAGAGGAAUAUUUUGGAAGGAGAAUCAGAAAGAACUGUAACUGCAGUAACUACAUCUCAAGAAAAUGAAGAACAAGUAGCUUAUAAACGAAGAGAAAACAAGAGAAGGAAAAGAAGAGAAGACAAAUUUGAAAUGUUUAAGGGAUUCUGUGAAAAAAUUGUGAACGCUAUAAUGGUUCAACAGGAAGAGUUACACAAUAAGCUGAUAGAAGAUAUGUUGAAGAGGGAUGAGGAAAAAUUUGCAAGAGAAGAAGCUUGGAAAAGUAGACAUAUGGAGAGGAUUAAAAAGGAGAUUGAGAAAAGGGCAGAAGAACAAGCAACUGCUGGGGAGAGACAGGCUCUUAUGAUUGAGUUUUUGAAGAAAUUUGUUUCAGAUUCUUGUGAAGAAGAUCAGCAAUUUGUAAAGAAAAUUCAGGAUCUUCUCAAUAUCAACACGACUUUACCUAGUACUAUUCAAUCUCAAGAUCAAACCCCAACUACCCAAGAAAAAGUAGAAGCAACCAAUUCAUCAAGCAUGGCUUUUAUUCACCAAAACCCUAGUUCAAAAUCCAGCAGCUCAACUGUUCUAACCCAAAACCCUAAUUCUGAAAAACCCCAGGAGAAUAAUCAGUUAGAAUUUACACCAUCUUCAAGAAAGAAGCCUUCCAAGAAUUUGAAUUUUGAAAGUGGAGACACUGGCAACAGAUGGCCAAGAGAUGAGGUGUUGGCUCUGAUAAAUCUGAGGUGCAAACUCAAUAACAACACUGAAAUUAGGGAAGGGUCAAAGGGUCCAUUAUGGGAGAGAAUUUCACAGGGGAUGCUUGAAUUGGGGUACAAGAGGAGUACCAAAAGAUGCAAAGAGAAAUGGGAGAAUAUAAAUAAGUAUUUCAGAAAGACUAAAAACAGUAGCAAGAAGAGGUCUAUUGAUUCAAGAACAUGUCCUUAUUUUCAGCAGCUGAGCAGUAUAUACAGCCAAGGAACACUCAUCGCCCCAAAUAAUGAGCCGGAAAACCAGUAG